UGGAGCGGUCCAUGCGGACUGUCUCAGGAAGGGUGCUGCCCAAAGCGUGCCGAGUUAUUGGAUACGCGUUGUUGCUAGGGGCGUGGGUUGCGUUGUGCCACUGAUUCUUUUCCAAACCCCCAAAGAAAGGAAACGAUAAAGGGGGAGGAACCUGGAAACGCAGGGCUGGCAUCAUCCAGAGAUGCGCCGACAGCUGUCUGAUCCGACCUAUGCCGCAGUGAGCAUAAUCUGAUAAGCGCUUCUGUCCAAACCUGACUCUGCUGCAGGACGGAACUGAGUGAAGACUGAAAGUGAGUGCGCACAGAUUUAAUGAAAAACGAUGCUCAGCAAUCACUUGUCGGAGCUGAAUCACGCCAGCUGCUGAUUCCUCUGAGUCAGGCUGAGGAAAGGGAGGACUGACCGCUGCGCACUUUCUCUGUCCCAUGAUGAGGAGCGGCUGGUGCGCGGCACAGAUUCCCCAUCCCGGCCUGUAGGCCGCAGAGGAUUUAUCUGACCGACACAUUUUGGUUUAAUGCGAUGUGGAUGAAACUCAUUCAGUAAACUCCGACUGGCGAUGACAUCAGACUGAAGUAUUGCAGUGGGACGUUACGGGGCAGCGUGGGGUGGCGUAUGGAAAUGCCUGCGUGCUCGGAGCUCAACGUUUUAAGGGGAACCAGCCACGUCCUAAACAUUCAUGAAAUCCAAGGCAUCGGGCCAUUCAUCCUAAGCUGAGCUGGCGAACUGCGUCAUUAGAAGUGCAGGUCGGCUGCAGACUCACCAGCAUGCUGCUGCAGCCAUCCCUGCACCAUGUCGCCGGUAAAUGUCUGACAUUCUAACAGGGAUGAAUUCAGCUGACAUUUCCGGCAAAGAUCCGCCUCUAGGAUCCACGUUUUCAUCAGCUCCUAACCUGGACUCGGAUAUUAACGCUAACGCCUGCAGGCAUGCGUGUGAGAAUGGGAUGGACCACAAUGUCAACAUCCAGAGCGCAGCGCUCCGCGGGGCCAGUGACCCCAGCUCCUACCCAUCCACAGAGUACCAGGGGCUGGUGCGCCGCAGGUUUAUCCGCCGAAACCUGUGGGUGUCGGACAACGAUGAGCACCCCCUGGACACUUCCGAGCUCGUCAGCAACAGUCCGGUUCUCAGCAUCGACCUGCGGACUAUAGUUGACAGGAGUAGGACCCGGGCUCUGCUUCCAGAGACCUCCAACACAGAAACACAGGUGGGCCUGAAGGACGGCGCUACGGAAAGAGUGAGCGCAGAUGAGGAGCGCAGAGACAGAGCUGAGAUGGGGCCCAAGGCGGAUGUGGGGCCAUCGGAUGUUACAGGUAAAGCAGGGAGCGAUGAGAACGAAGAGGAGCCUGGGAUGAAGGCUGUGUCCACCUCACCCGGUGGGCGCUUUCUGAAGUUCGACAUUGAGCUGGGCAGAGGGUCCUUCAAGACCGUCUACAAGGGUCUGGACACGGACACCUGGGUGGAGGUGGCCUGGUGUGAACUGCAGGAAAGGAAACUAUCCAAAGUGGAGAGGCAGCGGUUCAAAGAGGAGGCAGAGAUGCUAAAGGCAUUGCAGCAUCCCAACAUUGUGCGAUUCUAUGAUUUCUGGGAAUCACCAUUAAAAGGGAAGAAGUGCAUCGUUCUUGUGACAGAGCUAAUGACCUCAGGGACACUGAAGACGUAUCUAAAGCGCUUCAAGGUUAUGAAGCCCAAAGUUUUGAGGAGGUGGUGUCGGCAAAUUCUGAAAGGCCUCCAUUUCCUGCACACAAGGACUCCUCCCAUCAUCCACAGAGACCUCAAAUGUGACAACAUCUUCAUCACUGGUCCAACUGGCUCUGUCAAAAUAGGAGACCUUGGACUAGCAACCCUAAAGAGGGCCUCUUUUGCCAAAAGUGUUAUUGGUACUCCAGAGUUUAUGGCUCCAGAGAUGUAUGAGGAACACUAUGAUGAGGCUGUGGAUGUUUAUGCUUUUGGAAUGUGUAUGCUGGAGAUGGCCACCUCGGAGUAUCCUUACUCUGAAUGUCAGAAUGCUGCCCAGAUCUACCGCAAAGUCACAAGUGGAGUGAAACCUGCCAGCUACGGCAAAGUCAGUGACCCAGAAAUUAAAGAAAUCAUUGGCGAGUGUAUCUGCCACAGAUGGGAGGAAAGGUACUCCAUCAAGGACCUCCUGAAUCAUGCCUAUUUUGCAGAAGACACAGGAGUAAGGGUUGAGCUAAAUGAGGAGGAUGAUGGACAAAAAUGUACCAUUGCAUUAAAGCUGUGGGUUGAAGACCCUAAAAAACUGAAGGGGAAAUAUAAGGAUACUGGUGCCAUUGAGUUUACUUUCGACUUGGAGAAUGAAGUUCCGGAAGUGGUUGCUCAAGAAAUGGUGGAGUCAGGAUUUUUCUUGGAAUGUGAUGUAAAGAUAGUUGGGAAGUCUAUCAGAGACCGUGUGGCUCUAAUAAAAUGGAGAAGGGCAAGGACUGGUUCACCAAAUGGAAACAGUGAAGUGAAGAAGCUACAGCAGAACCUCCUGCAGGUCCCUGGUACUCGUCCACCUGAGGAGACCAUAUUUACCACUGCAGAUUAUGAGGACCAAGAAACUCUGAUCUGCACUGUUCCUGUCAUCACAUCUGCCACAUCUGAUAGCGGAGUGAGCUCCAAUAUGCAAUUAGAUGAUUUAGGCAAUCAGCAGAAUGGCCUCUACCAGUCGCUUCCAGAAUCCAUUUCUAGUGCACAGACCCUCUACAGUCCCCCUUCUCAAGUUGACUCCCAGCUGCACCCAGGACCCUACCAGCAAUCUGCAGGACAGGCCACUAAUGAAAACAACAAACAAACCACCACCCAGCUACACCAGGGAGCCUACCCACAGCAACCUACUGCAGGUCAGCAGCAGCCUGGGCCCUUCCGACAGCAAGCAACGCAACUGCACCAGGGGCAUUGUCAGUGUCAAACGACAGUCUCCGCACCAGCUACACCAGUUCCCCCUGUGCAGCAGAGCAGACAGACAUCACAGAGUUUUCCAGCCGCAGCCCCACAGGCACAACUUUCUGUCCAGUGCAACCAGGAGCAGUGUCAUCUCCAACCAGCUGCCGUCCCAUCUCAGUUGUUUUCUGCUGAGCCGCCUUCAUCACAUCUGAGUCCUCCUGAUACCUCUGGCACUUUUCCACUCUGCAGCGCUCCUCCCCCUCUCCUGCCCCUGCCCAUCAGCACUCAGGUGACUGCUACCCAUGGUACUCUGAGAGAUGUUUGGCCUUCAGAAACAACACCCCCCAUCUUCACUUCUGAACAGACUCCAAUCUGGGGAGGUAGAAUUGAUCAAGAAUCUGAAACUUCUCCAGUUCAAGCUCCCACCUCAAUAUCCAUCUCAACUGUUGUUCAUUUUGAUGCUAAAGCUCCUGUGAGAACUUCAGCUCCAGGCCCGGGGUCAGCUCAGGCUGCUACUGCACCUCAGACUCUAACACAAGCUCAGAAAUCCAUGCAAACUAUGGCCUCAGCACAGUUUCAAGCACCAGUAUCAGCUUCCAGUUUCACUGUAGAGCUCACAAUGGUCUCUUGUGUGAGCUCAGGUGCACAACAAAUCACCCAAGGCUUGGUAGCAGACCCAGCUCCUGUCACUCUAUCUGCAGCUCAAGCUACAGCACCUGCUGUAGCUGCCAGUCUACAGCCUGCUGGCAUCGACACAACAGUCCCAGUGUCAGAGAGUGCCAGUCAGAAUAUAGAGACAUCAUCUGUUCCCUUUCGGCAGGAGACCUAUGUAGAGGAUGUUCAUCAGGAGAGAGUUUUAUCACUAUCCAGUUACACCUAUGACAGUCUUAACUCUGAUGUAGCGUCAGGAAGGGAAACAAGUGAUGGCUAUGAAAGCUUAGCAACUGGGAGCAAAGGGGACGUAAAACCCAGGAAACAUCACCGCAAGUCUGCUCGCACACGUUCUAGGCAAGAAAGGACCAGCAAACCCAAACUGAGCAUGCUCAAUGUCUGCAACUCUGGUGAUAAAAUGGUUGAAUGUCAGCUGGAGACUCACAACCACAAAAUGGUAACAUUUAAGUUUGACCUGGAUGGAGAUGCUCCAGAAGAAAUUGCCACCUACAUGGUGGAGAACGGCUUUAUCUUGCCAUUAGAGAAAGAGAUCUUCAUUGAUCAAUUAAAGGACAUUGUGGACAAAGCAGGAGACAUGUUGCAUGAAGACAUGGGGGAUGAAAAAGAUGCUACUUUGAGCUGCAGUCCUCCACAGAACCAGAUGUCUGAGGUAGGGGAGAGUCAGCAGCCUGGGGCGCCGCAGCCGGUAUAUCAGCAGAAUGUUCUUCAUACAGGAAAGAGGUGGUUUAUCAUCUGCCCUGUGGAGGAGACUCCAUCCUGCAUUCAGGAGACUCCAUCUGAUGGGACAGCAAUGCAGUCACCUGGGACCUCAGCCAACACCCAGCCUGCUGACAGCACCACUGCAAGGCCCUCCACAUCCAGAGAAGAGGGUUCAUCCUCCACCAUGUCUGGUGGAAGUGGAGGGUUCACUCAUGAACUUUAUGGUUUCUACAGUCCUCCAAUAACAUCAAACACAGACCCCCUCCUUUUGGAAACCCUGUCUCCUCCGGUAUCUGCACCCCCAGCUCUUCAAUCAGUGUCUGCAAUAGAGCCUGCCGGUAGCUCUCUGCAGCCUAGCCUGCCUGUGCCCAACCCAGCCAGAGCUCAGACGUUUCCCCCUUCAUUACCCCAUACUUCGUACCAAGUGGAGGAUUCACAGGGAUCUCCUCUUGGAGCUCCCUCCCCUUCCCACGAGACUCAGAAGGUCCUUGAUUUGACCCAUUCAGUAUCAAUGGCUGAUGAGGUGCCCUGCUGUCCCCUUGUUAUGCCUCUGUCUUUAGAUGUGAACCCUCAGCAGAGCAGGUCACCUCUGACCCCUCUCCCCCUCCAGGAGCUGAGUGCCAACAAAGAACCGACCUCUGUCUCCUAUGCUCCAGCAACAUGCAGCGACCUGCCACAGCAGCCCGUGGUUCUCCACCAGCCCUUUUCUGCUGUGGGAGGUUCAAAGGUGUCCUCCCUCCCCCAGAGCCCAGCACCAUCCCAACAUGCUGCUGGGCCAAGCGAGUCUGACGGUGAAGGACGGGUUGGUCGAGGAGGUUUUGUUGAUAGCACUAUUAAAACUUUGGAUGAAAAACUGAGGAACCUGCUCUACCAGGAAUAUGCUCCCAUGUAUCCUUCAGGCAGUGCUGCAGAGACACCGGGAUCAGGGACAGAGUACAUUCAGUUUCCUCCUGGCCCGGAUAGCGCUACGGGAGGGUCUGGAAACAGCACCCCAGGGCCAAUAGGGGAGGGACGCUACAGGGCAGGGGAACAACUGCCUCAAAUUCCUGAGAGAAUGGACAGUCUGAGCACUCUGAGUGACUCAGCUGUUAGUGCUUCAUUGUCAAGAAGACACGUUCCUCACUCUUUGUCUUGCACUGGAACUCGGGGUCGAUUUAAGAUCAUCUCUGUUCCUCCUGAAGUGGCCAACAGAAGAGAUGUGAAGCAGAGGAGCUGGAGCAGCGCUGCAUCCCCUGCACACCCUGGUGGAUACAGUGGAGACCAGGUUCAAGCUGAAGCCUUGGCUACCUCCACCACCAUCGGACGUUUCUCUGUGGUGAGCACAGAAGAUGAGAUCACUCAGCGAACACGCUGCAGCCGCUACUCUGCACCGCCUGAUUUCUACCUGGACACUCCUCCUCCCAUGGGUAAGAGCAAGUCCCCUGGCUUAGAAUCUGGCCUCAAAUUCUGUCCAUGUGGAUUUCACAGCCCCUACUCCCUUCUUUUUACAGAUUCAGGGGCAGAGAGCAGUCCUGCCAAGCUGGCCCCUGCUGCUGGAUCCCAGCAGCCUCGCUCUGAGCGCAGAGGAAGUGACCUAAUGAAAAGGGCAGUGGCCUUUCUCCGUCGCACUGGCCGCAGCAGCAGUGUGCAGAGCUCUGACUCACCGAGCAGACAUGGAGGUGUACCCGGCUCCGCCUAUGCUAGCAGCGACAAUGACUCAGAGAUGGAGGACUCAGACAUAAAGAGGGAACUACAGAGACUCAGGGAGAAACAUCUGCGGGAGAUCUCAGAGCUGCAAGCAUUUCAGCGAGGAGAGGUGGAGCUGCUAUAUCGCAGACUUGGUAAGGUUCCUCCACCUGGUCUAGGCCUCCUACAUGUUGCACCGCAUACAAGCCGCAGAAAGAGGUCCAGCAAACACAAGCUGAAGCCAGGAAAACUUCUCAGCCCUCUAGUUCAGCAAUUUAUGCAUGUCAAAACCAAAAGCAGUGACUCCUCUAAAUCUGGUGAGCCACUUUUUCUAAUUGAAAUGACUUCCAUAUUUUUAUUUCAGAUAAGGAUCAAUAUAACUCUUAUGGUUGUGCUUCCAGGUGUGGUUCCAGCUCCAACUGAACCAGCAGUGAGUUUAAACGGCUCGCCAGGUAAAAACUCCUUCCCAGCCCACGGCAGGCCACGGUCACGGACCAGCCAUCUACCUAGCUCAGCUUCAGAGCCUGUGCAGACUCAGCAGCCCUGCUCUCUGAAAGGCUCUCUGUCCUCUGACAACAUUUAUGCUGGACUACAUGGAGACGUGUCUGGCACACAAGCUCAACCAGCACAAGGCUGGUCUAAUCCCCCUCAACCACCUGAGAGAGUGACCUAUAAAUCCAGUAGCAAACCACGAGCUAGAUUUCUCAGUGGGCCUGUGUCUUUGUCUAUCUGGUCAACGCUGAAAAGGCUGUGUAUUGGCAAAGAGAGAGGCAACAGGUCUGGGGCCUCAGCAUCAGGAACUUUCAAUCAGUCACAGCAAAUGCAUAGCGCUACACCACCUCAUCAACAGCCUGUUGUUGGCUUGGCUCAAGCUCAGGCUAACAACAGCAAUAACAAAACAAGUACAUCUAUGAAUCCCAGUGAUAAUAACCUGCCUGAAGACCUCCAAGGUCUGAUGGACGACUGGGCACAGGAGGUUCUGAUUGUGACCCACCGGCCGUGUACGGACUCUCUGAAUGUCCGUGGGCAGCAGCCGUGCCCUCGGGUUGUGCCUCAAACACUUGAACUGCCACUUCAGGCUUCAAAUGCACCACCGUGGACGUUACCCAGUCCAGAGGCUUGCGCCAAAUCCUGGCCUGACAGCCCUGAGGCUACAGGGAUGACCAGCCCUCCCGCAGGACCCUUUCACACUUAUCAGCUACAUUCUCCUGCUGCAUUCACAGCCUUGCCCUCCCCUCUUUCCUUCAAUCAGUGGCCUGGGUUUUUCUUUCCGGUUUCCACAGGCGUUUUUGCCUUUCCUGCCAUGCCCUCCACCCACUCCAGCCCUGUUUCAUCCCCAUCUCAUCAGCUGACUGACCCCAAGGCAAAGACACUCUAAUCUGGGCAGCAUCGUGUCUUCCAACUCCGUUAUCAAAACCUUAACUUAUAAUACAGCUGCUGUAGUCAAUAUUAUGUGCAUAGAGUGUAUAUAUUUAACCAGCAUGUAUUUAAUAUGUAUAUACCCAUCUCUGCUCUUUAUAUGUAUUCCCUUUGUUUUAUUUGAGUCAUCAUACUUUAUGUUCAUUAUGUAGUUAAAAUUCUUCAAGUUUCAUUUAAGGACUUAAAUUAGCCAGAUCAGCCUUGAAGUGCAGAAAUCUGUCAUUGUUUAUUAAUGUACAUUCAUGUUCACAGAAUGUCCAUAAGGUAAUGUUCAUUCAUUUUGUACUUCAUGUAGUUGCUCAUUUCACCUCAUAUAUUUAUAUAUAGAAGCUGCCAUGUGUAUAUAUUAUUUUUUGUUUUAAUGUACAAUGCGUAUGUGUUUGUACAGUUAAGAAAAGGAUAAUAAUGGUUAGGUGUUGCAGCUGUGGAUAUUAGUGCUGCACCUUAUCAGCAACCAUUUUUGCCAUCACUGUGAAGACUUGACCUCCUGGUCAGUAGGACCUGUUGCUUUGCUCUGCUUUCUUAGCUAAGUAUACAGAGAUGCUUCAUUCUUCAUCAGUUAGAUACUUCCAGCACAAGCGCUUGUGUUAUUCUUAAAAAAAAAUGAAUGAGCUUGAACUUUAUCCUCAGGUGCAAAAACACCUGUGAGAGUGCCUUGAAUAGCAGUUGCCGUUUUCAGAAGACAAGAAUUUCAAUUUAAAGUGGAUAUUAGAAUUAAUCAAUUCCUUGCAAACAUUUCUGACCUUUGCUUCGUUCAGCUCUCCCACCAGAUCCCUAUAACAUUCACCCUGCGUUGCAGGUAGAACUUUUGAGUAACAUGUCAGAAGCAUAUAGUUUUUGCACGCUUCUUAAAAGCAUCUGCACAUAAUGGUCACCGACUUCAACUGGGUCCUUUCAGCAUAGACAAGCAUUAAACAAAGAUCCUUGCUUAAAUUCA